AUGGCAGACAAGUCAAAAGGUGCAAGUAAAGCUGAAGACUUUGGAUCAUGGGCUGGGGAUUCAGAUCCAGACAUCAUCAUGGAAGUACUCACACUAGCCCUAAAGAAUAAACGUUAUAAAGAGGCCAUUCCCUCGCUGCAGUGCUUGAUAGAAGUGGACUAUCAUAAGGCACUGAGCUUCACAUUAAACAACCACUUUCAUCUUAAUAUAGCUUUUCUUCAUCAUGCUGUUGAAGGUAAUCAUGUUGAUGUAGUGAGAUUCCUUAUCGAUGAGUGUGGCUGUAAUCCAACAGACUUUAAUCAAGGGAUAAAUAAAAGUAGCUGUAAAAAUUCUUAUGAUAUCACUGUUGAAUAUGAAUCACUUGAUGUGUUGAAAUAUUUAAUCAAGAAUCACAAGCCAACUUGUGUUGCCAUUGAGAAACUUUUUUCUAAAGCUGUCAACCAUGUUAGCAGUUUAAAGUGCCUCGUUAAUGGAGGUAUCAUUGAUCCAAUGGUUAGAUAUAAUUUCUAUGGCACAAUACUUCAUUGGGCAGCUAGUGAAGGCUCAGUUGAUGCCCUCAAAUAUUUAGUUAAUGAAUGUAAGUGUGAUCCAAUGAACAAUGAUAGAGGUAUUAAGUUGACGCCUCUUCACUUAGCUACAUUUAAAGGUCGACCAGAAGCUAUAGAAUUCUUAUUAUCAACAGGUAAAUGUGAUCCGAUGGCUAAAGAUGAAGAUGGUAACACACCAUUAGAUUUUACUGAAGGGAAUAUUAAAACUUGUUCUAUUUUCAAAAAGUUUGGUCAGAUCAAGACAUCGUUUCCAGUCGAUUCCUAUGUUAACGUCCUCCUUGUGGGCAAUCCUGGAGCUGGUAAAAGAGGAGAAAGGAAGAAAUACAGGAGAUUAUUGUAA